AUGGCUAUACAAGGACCAAGCCGCAAAGAUGUCAAAGUCUUUUAUAUGAAUACAGUUCCCAAACCAGUAUAUGAAGUAGAAUUCAAACCUCUACCAUUUUACAGAAAUGUACAUAAAAUUGUUCUGCCAAUGGCUAUUUAUUGUAUCCCAAAAGUUGAACCCGAAGGUGGACAAUCACAAGUAUACACUCCAUUUGAUUUUGAAUUUGAAUUGCCAGAAAUAAUUCGAUCAAUAAUAAACAGUAAUAUAAAAGAUCUACGAUUGCAGAUCCGAUUUGGAGAAGAGAAGCCAGGGAAGAAAUAUUUGUCAGAUGGAUUACCGGGACCAGUACAACUACGUAUUAAUACGCUCACACCAAUCUCAGCCCAAAAGAGCCCUAUAAAUUAUGAUUGCAAAUCUUUAGACGAUAGAAAUAAAAUCGUAAUAUUGUGGCCAUCAUGUGAAACCCCAUAUUACAUGAUAGUAGAUAUUGUGGAAAUCAUCACGAUUGAAGAUUUGGUGAAACGCAUACAAUUUAACAAUAAACUAUGUUCUGUUAAAUUAAAUACAAAAGCUAAGGCAAUAGAACUGUUGAAAAAUUCAGAUUCAGAAAUUUUGGAUUCGGGGUCCUAUAAGUUCAUUUUAUUCUGUCCAAUAACCAAAUUAAGAAUGAAAUUACCAACAAAAUCUUUAAAAUGUAGUCAUUUACAAUGUUUUGAUCUGCAUUCAUUCAUUGCAAUGAAUAAGAUAAAACAAACAUGGACAUGCCCGAUUUGUAUGAUUCCCAUUUUAGUUGAUGAAUUGGUGAUAGAUUCAUUCCUUUUGGAUAUUAUCAAUAAUUCAACUCUUCCUGAAAAAUGCUUUGAAAUAGCAUUAUAUGCUAAUGGUGAAUGGGAACCAUGUAUAGAACCGAAGAAAGAAAAUGAAAGCAAUGGGAGCGAAUCUGACGAUGAAUAUUUAAAAAAUACCAUUAUUCCUAUGAAUUCAGAUAAUUUUGAUGAUAAAAAUAUCCGUGAUGAAAAACCUAUAUUACCAAUAACAAAUAGUUGGAAUUCUAAUGAACCAAUGUCUAUCAAUCAGACUACAACCAUCAACGAAACAAACAUUAAAGAAGAACCGGUUAUUAAAAAGGAAUAA